AUGCUACGACAGUUCAUCCGUUCUUACUCUACAGCGUCAUCAAGCACAGCCAGCUCAAUUGCAGCGCUCAAGGCUCGGGCUCCUUGGAGAAAGCUCGAUUAUGUCUCUCCCACCCAAUCUCAGAUGCUCAAGACUUCCAUCAGUCAUCUAUUCCAGCAGCCCGAAAAGCAGUUUCAGGUGGGUGAUGCCGUGCCUCCGGGCUUCCACAUGGCCUACUUCAACCCCUGCGACCCUGAACCCACCCUCGCAUCCGACGGGUACUCUGAACAACAGGCUCCAGGCGAACCAUAUGUCAACCGCAUGUGGCUGGGAGGCUCUGUGGAGUUCCACAAGGGACGGCAGCUGUCCAUGGGUGAACAGUCCACAUGUUCCGAAUCUCUGGUUCAGGUGAGAGAGCCCGGAUCAAGCACAUCAGGUGAUAAGCUGCUGGUUACGAUCCAGAGAGAUCUCAGAAACGAUUCUGCUCCGGCCGAAGAGCCUGCUGUCACUGAGAAACGAACUCUCAUUUAUAUGAAGGCCGAAACGGGUCAGAAACGAGGUGCUACCUUUGAAAAGAUAAUCUCCCCUCCGGAUGGAGCUACCCACUCUGUGUCCUUUGUUCCCUCUUCAACACUGCUGUUCCGGUACUCAGCGCUGACCUUCAAUGGACACAAGAUUCAUUAUGACCCCGAUUAUGCUCGAGAAGUGGAGUCUUUGCCUGCUGUCAUCGUGCAUGGACCUCUUACCGUGACUCUCAUGCUGACCUGGAUGAACGGCGUCAUUCAGAAGGAUCUGCCCGGCAAGCGUAUUGCUGCUUUUGAGUACAAGAACGUGCUCCCCCUGUUCUGCAACAAUGAGCUGACGUUGCGAUGCAAGCCUCUCAUGAACUCGGACGGAUACAAGGUCUGGAUCGAGAACCACCACCAAAGUCUCUGCAUGAAUGGUACUGUAAAGGUGGAGUAG